UGUACAAGUCGUUCUUGCUCCCAAUCUCGCUCACUUAAAGGUCUCGCCACGCGCUCUCUCCUGACUCAGUGACUUCAAAAGAAUUCCUCAAAAUCACUUCAAAAUUUCUCAAAUUUAGCAACGAAACAGCCAAAGUUAAUUACUUGCUUAAAGAUUCGAUCCCUUUUGAUCUCUCAAUUCUCUCCUGAAUUCUAGGGCUUAUCCUUUAUAUUCACCUUCAUAGAUCUCUCACUUCAUUUGUCCGUCAUUCCAGCUCAGCGAUGAGUGUCAGCUCUUUGAUUGCUGACUUCGAGUGAGAGUUUUUGUUAUUUUGUUUUGUGGUAAUGGCUGCCUUGCAGAGACCAGGGCAACAAUGUACUGGUAACUAUGGAGCUUCUUGUAAUGGAGCUGACGUGGCGGUGCCGGAAAAGUUUCCUACUGGUUUACGGGUUCUUGUUGUGGAUGAUGACCACGCUUGUUUGAAAAUUGUUGAGCAUAUGCUUCGCCGGUGUCUUUAUCAGGUUACAACAUGUUCCCAGGCAACUGUUGCGUUGAACACUUUAAGGCAGAGUAAAGGCUGUUUUGAUGUAGUGCUAAGCGAUGUUCACAUGCCCGACAUGGAUGGCUAUAAACUCCUUGAACAUAUUGGACUUGAAAUGGACCUUCCUGUUAUCAUGAUGUCUGCUGAUGGAAGAGUAUCUGCUGUUAUGAAAGGAAUCAGACAUGGGGCUUGUGAUUACUUGAUUAAGCCUAUACGUGAGGAAGAGCUUAAAAAUUUAUGGCAGCAUGUUGUCCGGAAAAGGUUGAAUGAAAAUAAAGACAUUGAACAUUCAGGAGGCAGCAUUGAUGAGAAUGAUCACCGGAAAAGAGCAGGUGAUGAAGUUGAAUACGCUUCUUCUGUUGAUGAAGGAACAGAAGGAACAUUGAAAGCUCAGAAGAAGAGAAGCACUGCUAAAGAAGAAGAUGACAGUGAACUAGAAAAUGAUGAUCCUUCCACAGCAAAGAAACCUCGUGUAGUGUGGUCAGUGGAAUUACAUCAGCAAUUUGUCAGUGCAGUAAAUCAGCUUGGGAUUGAUAAGGCUGUACCAAAGAGAAUUCUUGAAUUGAUGAAUGUGCCUGGCUUAACUAGAGAAAAUGUUGCGAGUCAUUUACAGAAAUUCAGACUAUAUUUGAAGAGAUUAAGUGGAGUGGCUCAACAAGGAGGGAUUUCUAGUGCUUUCUGUGGGCCUGUAGAACUGAAUGUGAAACUUGGUUCGCUUGGACGAUUUGACAUCCAACCUUUGGCUGCCUCUGGACAAAUUCCUCCAAAAACAUUAGCAGCCCUGCAUGCUGAACUUUUAGGUUGCCCAACUGGUAACUUAGUUACAGCAAUGGACCAGCCAGGUCUUCUACAAGCAUCUCUACAAGGAUCCAAGUGUAUUUCAGCCGAACAUGGCAUGAAUUUUUGUCAGCCAUUAAUAAAAUGCCAACCCAACAUUUCUAAAAAUUUCCCUCAAUCCAUGAUCACUGUUGAUGAUGUAGCUACUGGGUUUGGAGUGUGGACUCCUAAUGAUCUUGGUGCAGGUACUGUAACUUCUGGUAGCACUCUUGGUGGAUUGAAUCCCCAAAACAGUAACAUGCUAAUUGAUAUACUGCACCAGCAGCAGCAACGUCAACAGCAUCAUUCUACACUAUCUGAACCCAGCCGUUCAAUUAAUGUGCAGCCUUCUUGUCUUGUGGUCCCAUCUUGUUCAUCAGCCAGUUUUCAGGCAGGAAAUAGUCCUGCUUCUGUCAAUCAGAGUUGCAGCUAUAAUAGAAGUGCUCAUAUUGAUUAUAGUCUUCUGUCAAGUCCGAAUAACUCAGUUAAUAUUGGGCAAAUCUCUGACUCUGAUUUAAAAACUACAGGUGUUCUUAGUGGUUACUCGGCUCCAGGUUCCAUUUCUCCUUCUGCAUCGUCUUGCUCAGUAAAUGCUGAUAAUGGUACAAACCAGCAAGUUCAUAAUUCAUUUGCCUUUAGAGCUUUCAGACAAGUGCCAGGGCUUGUUCCUAAUGUUGCAGAUAUCCGAACUUCUUACGGUACUAAAUCAGGUGAAGUUCUUGAUCAAGAACCAUUAAGAAAUCUAGGAUUCAUUGGUAAAGCUACAUGCAUACCAAGUCGCCUGGCAAUUGAUGAACUUGAAUCACCUAUCAACUACUUAAACCAUGGAAAACUCAAUUGGGAUAACAAUUGUAACAGAGUGAAGGAGGAGCCAAAUUUGGAAUUUGGGGAUAAUGCGAAAAUGGGUGUCCCAUUGUUACCCCCAAAUGAUCUCAUGAGUGUUUUCUCAGAUUAGGUUGUGAUGUAUGGGCAUAUGUAAAAUCGAGGAAGACGAAAGCUUCAAGUGUAUUAUUUAUUUAAGGUAGAUAUAAUUCCAGGUAUGUGCACCAAACUCAGGUGCAGUUGUAGUGGGAAUAUAGCCUCUCACUCUCUGUGUGAGAUGGGUAAGUAGCUUGUAUGUUUCAUCAAGUGCUGGGAAUGGUUCUGUUUCUAUUUCUACAGACCAUCCACUGAAGUCUGAGUAGUGUAGUAUUACUAUUACUAUCUACUUUGCAAUGCUCAUUUAGUUUUCCAUCUCUCCAA